AUGAAAACCUUUAGAACUACUCUCGUUCUCUUACCUUUAGGGGUAGCCUCUAGCUUACCUGCACCCAGUACAGCGACAAGAUAUCCUCCAUGCGUAAGCCAGUCCUCAUUUACCAUUCAAAAUUGGCCGGUUGACACCAGCGACAACGCCGAUUUUGCAUUUCGACUAACUACUGGAUUCGAUGACUAUUCGUCGAUAUGCAGCGGGCAGUGGCGUGGUGUGAAAACCGAUUGGCAAGAAUGCGACGAACGUAAUGGAGACUCUAUCACAAUGUUUAGAGGCACCUCUAGUGGAUAUCUCGACAUAACGCAUCAAUAUACUUGCGAAAGGCAAGACAAGUCAGCCGAGCCCGACAAAAUUGCUCUUACUACUGCAAAUGGGACUGUCAUACUCGAUUUUUCUCAAGAAGAUCAUACUACAUUCGAUGCAUAUAUCCAAGUAUCACAUCGGAAGCCAAGCACGGCUUGCACAGAUGCAUCGCGAGAUCCUUCAUGGGUGGUCGACUCGUUCGUAUACAAAGUUGGAUAUUACUACAGUCUGGACCCGUAUACUCCUGCCGGUACUGUCGCUAGCGCGAGCUUCGACUUUUUGAAUAAGGCUAAUGAUUUCUUCAUCCAUUGCUCUGCCACAUAUGUGUCGGGGUAUCUGGAUCUUAACAAUGAUACUAUCAUUGAUCCAGAGAAAGACUGA